AUGAUAGAGAAAGACCAGAAUACAACCUGGAGAGAAAUAAAGACACAGUUGUCCUGGACACCCUCCUUCAAUGGAAGUUCUGAGAGGAAUUAUCCAAUCGGGGAGGGGCUGCAGGGCAUGAGCCGGAGGCCCUUCAUCCUGGAUUGUCUUCCUCUUCACACCCACGAGCUUAUCAAUUUUGUUGUUCAAUGCGCCCUCCCUCCCGCGGCUCCCCGCAGCUCAGGGGCGGGACAGGACGUAGCACGAAGGGUCGCUGCACGAGAGGCCACUUGCUUUGACUGCCACGGAACUGGCCGCGAGGACCCAGCAGACACCGACCCUCCUCCCUCCCACCCGGAUCGGGCGUCCCGGCUGGCACUGGGACCCACAGCUUUGGAAUCCGGAGCUCGCGGGCGAGCGGGCGGGGCAGGAAGGCGCUCGGUGGUGCGCGCUCGACCCCGCCGUGAGCGCGCGUGUCUCGGGUACUGCAAGCAGAGGGCUCUCGCUCUCGCUCUCUGGCUCUCGCUCGCUCUCCCUCGGCCUACGCCCAGCGGUCCCCCGGCCUGUUCUCGUGCAGACCCCUCCUUUUCUCGUGCUGCUCUCGCUCCGCGACUCCAGCGCACGCGCGCUGCCCCGCGCAGAGGCCAAGGGGGUGGGGACGCCAGGGAGCGCAGGGGCACUGGAGCGCAGGAGGCGCCCUCGGUCUGGGAGGCUGCGUUAGCGCAAAAAACUGUCAGACUCAGGGGGAGCCGGCGCUCGGAGCGGAGCGGCACGACGCGGAGCGACGUGCAUUCCUCGCACCGUCUCUUCCUCUGCCCCCUUCUCCCUGCUCCUCGCUUCUGCAUCUCGGAGCUGGAUAAAGGAGCCGGGGAGCGCCAGACUGACCUUGCUGCAGAGGGGCGGAGCGCGGCGGCGGCGGCGGAGCGGGCCGAGGCGGGCCGGGGAGAUGAGUUCUCCCCUGCGCGGAGGCUCCCCAGCAGGCGUCGGGCAGAAGGGCUCCCAGCGCCAGCGCCCCAGGAUGGGAAGAAACAAACGGAUAUGCUCCACCUAGAAAUCCAUUCCCAGUGAAGAGAAGUUGGUGACUGGUAGUCUCCAGGCAGUGUGUGGUCUCGAGCCGAGGGAUUCCCAGAUCCCAGCCAUCACUUCAGCC